AUGAUCGCCUCGUCCUGGCUCAAGCAGUCCAUCAUCACGGUCCUCUGCGUCCUCGGCAUCCCCUCCUACCUCUCGGCCCCUAAGCCCAUCUCUGUCCAUCUGGACGGGCAGUCGAGCAUCAGUGUGCCGGCCAACCGGGCCGUCGUGUCCCUGCGCAUCUACGCCGAGGGGCCCAAGCAGGACAGAGUCGCCGAUGAAGUCCGCAAGACCGCCGAUGACGUCCUGGCCACCCUCCGACCGCUCGCUCAACUGCAAGCGGGCCCCAUCCCGGCCGUCAAUACGUCGACCAAUGGCGGCAACGCCGACAUGGAGUAUGAGCCGGCCAUCGUCGAGCUCUCCGUGACCACCUUCCGCAGCUACUCGUGGCAGAAGCCCGGCUCGCUGCUGUCCCGCGAAACACCGCAGUACCAGGCGAGCAUGGAGAUUGAGGCCGAGUUCCGCGACUUCGACCCGCUGGGGCUGCUCCUGGCGCAGGUGUCCAAGACCCCCGCGGCGUCGGUGCAGUCCCUGAAGUGGACACUCGACGACGCGACCAAGAAGAGACUGUCGUCCCGCUGUCGCUCCGAGGCCAUGGUCGACGCCCUCGACAAGGUCCGCGCCUACGUCCGACCGCUGGGCAUGGACAAGGUGCGCGCCAUCAAAAUCACCGAGAACCACCGUCGCAGCCGGCCCGUCGUGUGGGCCGACGUCGACGGGUUGCGGUUUCAGCGCCACGCCGCCGCGCACGAUUCGCUCUCCGACGACCACGACGAGCACGCCGAUUACAAGGCGACGGCCCCAGACGACUCGGACGUGACGGAGACAUUUGGGCUUGAGCCCGGCACGCUGGAGAUCGCCGCGCAGGUUGAAGGUGAGUUCUGCGCGUGGAAGACGGGCCUGGAGGCCUGGUUUAGGAGAGGCGGCGUCUGA